UGCUGCCAACGCAGCUUAGAUUCCGGUUGCAACUUACAAGCCCUUUCGUCCCCUUUCUUUCCACCGGCAGAAGAAGCUGACACUCGCAUGUCCUCGACAAUGGAGGAACCCCUCCAACCCCAUCUCUGAAACGACCCAAAAUAAUGGACAGACACAUACAGGUUCUUCUGAAUAAAAUCUCAUGCGUUUCCAUCACCAUCGCUACCUUUACUCUCCUCCUCGUCUUCCUCCAAAUCCCUGACACCUGCGUCCCUGAGGCGGCCCCGCCGCCCCCGGCGGCCACCUCCCACAAAUCUCUCAACAACCGCCGGUUCCCCAAGUCCUCCUGCGAUUUCUCCCACCGCGAGCACGUCUCCAUUGAAAAGAAAAACAAGCGCAUUUGGUCUACCAAAGCCUGGGCCCAUACCCUCUCCUCCUACACUCUAUUCUUUCGAGAUCUCAACCUCCUCGGCAACCACUCCAAGGUCCUCUGCGUCUCCGCAGGUCCUGGACACGCUGUCAUGGCUCUGACCCAGCUUGGCGUCGCCGACGUCACGGGCAUCGAAGUUAUCGAUUCGCCCCCGCUCGUUAACAAAGCCGAUCCCCAUAAUUUACCCUUUUUCGAUCACGUUUUUGAUUUGGCGUUUACUGCAAAUUUUCCGGAGGCUUUGUUUCCGGCACGGUUAAUCUCCGAGAUGGAGCGCACGGUUAGGCCUGGCGGGUUUUGCGUGCUUGCGGUGCAGGAUUGUUCAGAUGAGGAUGUGAGGGAGAUUGUAGGGUUGUUUCGACGGGCAAAGUUGGUUAGUGCUGUGAAUGUUACAUUGAUUGGGUUGAAAAUGGCAAGGAUUAUAAUGAGAAUUACAAUUCCUUCUUGAUU